AUGGCGACGCUUAUCAAUCCCCCCAGGGACCCCAACACCCUGUCCAACUAUAACAACUGGAUUUGUGCCCAUACCACAGCCAACUUCGAAAUUCUUUUUGAGCAAAAGAAGCUCGUUGGCAAUGUCAUUCACAAGCUCAAAUCUAUCACCAAUGCUGAGACGGACGAGAUCAUUCUGGACUCUCAUCAUGUGGACAUACGCGACGUCCUAGUGGCCGGACAGCCCGUGAAAGCAUGGGAGCUUCUCCCUCCCCUCGGCCCUUAUGGCACCGCGCUGAAAAUCAAGCUCGAGAAGCCUGUGGAGCUUAACGAGAUGAUCGAUGUUGAUAUCGCUGUGCACACCACUCAGGAAUGCACUGCACUGCAAUGGUUAACCCCGGCACAAACAUCAAACAAGAAGCAUCCGUACAUGUUCUCUCAGUGCCAGGCUAUCCAUGCACGGUCAAUUUUCCCGUGUCAAGAUACGCCUGAUGUUAAAUGUACUUUCGACUUCAACAUCACUUCUCCUCUGCCUGUAAUUGCCAGUGGAUUGCCUGUCCGAAAUUCCUCGGUUGCACCGCAGGCUGGCGUCAAGAGCAUUUAUCAAUUCCAUCAAAAAGUGCCAAUUCCAAGCUACCUUUUUGCUUUGGCCAGUGGAGAUAUUGCGGAAUCUUCUGUAGGGCCUAGAAGCGUGGUUGCAACCAGCCCUGAUAAGCUUGAAGAAUGCCGGUGGGAGCUUGAAGCCGAUACUGAGAGGUUUAUCGAAACGAUAGAGAAAAUCAUUUAUCCCUAUGCAUGGGGCGAGUAUAAUGUCUUGAUCCUUCCACCUAGUUUCCCCUAUGGGGGAAUGGAGAACCCGGUCUUUACUUUCGCGACGCCUAGCAUCAUUUCCAAGGACCGGGAAAAUAUCGAUGUCAUUGCGCACGAGCUGGCGCAUAGUUGGAGCGGCAACCUUGUCACUAGUGCGUCGUGGGAGCACUUUUGGCUCAAUGAGGGCUGGACAGUCUAUCUCGAGAGGCGGAUUUUGGCUGCGAUACAUGGUGAAAAGUACCGCCACUUUUCGGCCAUCAUAGGUUGGAAAGCCCUCAGAGAUUCAGUGGAACACUACGGAAAUGGCCAUGAGUUCACGAAGUUAGUGCCAAGUCUCAAAGGAGAGGAUCCCGAUGAUGCAUUCUCUACUAUACCAUAUGAGAAGGGAUUCAACUUUUUGUUCCAUCUGGAGAAUCUUGUUGGAAAGGGUAAAUUCGAUCGCUUCAUCCCUCAUUACUUUACUACGUUCAAAGGGAAGUCGCUAGACUCCUACGAGUUCAAGGCCACGCUCCUAGACUUCUUCAAGCCCGAUAUCGAAGCCUCUAAGCUGCUUCAGGAGCUGGAUUGGGACGCCUGGUUCUACAAGCCUGGCCUGCCUCUUAAGCCAGAACUUGAUACUUCGCUGGCUGAUGUUGUAUAUGAUUUGGCCGACAAGUGGAAAUCCCUUCCCGAGGGCUCAUUCCAGCCCCAGUCGAGCGACAUUCAGGGGUUAACGGCAAACCAAGUUGUGGUUUUCUUGGAACAAGUCCUGCUUUUUGAGCGACCCCUGACUGCCGAGCUUUCUAAGCUCAUGGGUGAGGUCUACGGACUUGCUAAGAGUGAAAACAUCGAGGUUGCCAACCUCUACCUCCAGGUUGGCCUUAAGGCUGGUGAUAAGAGCGUGAUCGAACCGACCACGGACCUGCUAGGAAGAAUUGGGCGGAUGAAAUUCGUGCGGCCUCUGUACCGGACAUUGCAGAAGGUUGACCGUCAAGUGGCGAUUGAGACCUUUGAGAAGCACAAAGAUUUCUACCACCCAAUCUGUCGGGGCAUGGUUGAGAAAGACCUCUUCGGUAAGAAGGAAGCAUAG